AAGCUUGUGAAGAAAAAUGUUUGACCUCUGUCAUUGCCAACAAAGGGUAUAUAACAAAGUAUUGAGAUAAACUUUUGCUUCUAAAGCCAUGACAUAAUUUUCUGGAAUUUUCCAAGUUGUUUAAAGGCACAGUCAACUCAGUGUAUGUAAACUUCUGACCCACUGGAAUUGUGAUACAGUGAAAUAAUCUGUCUGUAAACAAUUGUUUGAAAAAUUACUUGUCAUGCACAAAGUAGAUGUCCUAACCGACUUGCCAAAACCAUAGUUUGCCACAAGAAAUUUGUGGAGUGGUUGAAAAACAAGAUUUAAUGACUCCAACCUAAGUGUAUGUAAACUUCCGACUUCAACUGUAUCUUGCUAGCCCUUGAUCAUGACUCUCAGUUCAGUUCCAUUCCAUCUGAGCUAUAUAUAUAUAUACACACACACACACACACACACACACACACACACACACACACAGAGUGCCUUCAGAAAGUAUUCAUACCCCUUAACUUAUUGCACAUUUAUUGUGUUACAGCCUGAAUUCAAAAUGGAUUAAAUAUAUUUUUUUCCUCACCCAUCUACACACAAUACCUUAGAAUGACAAAGUGAAAAUGUGUUUUUAGAAAUGUUUGUAAAUGUAUUGAAAAUUAACAACAGAAAUGUAAUUUACAUAAAUAUUCACUUCCCUGAGUAAAUAGUUUGUAGAAGCACCUUUGGCUGUGAUUAGAGUCAUUUUUGGUAAGUCUCUGAGAGCUUUGCAUACCUGGCUUGUACAAUAUUUUGCCAUUAUUCUUAAAGGUUUUCAAACUCUGUCAUGUUGAUUGGUUAUCAUUGUUAGAGAGCCAUUUUCAAGCCUUGCCAUAGAUUUUCAAAACUAACUAGGCCACUCCGGAACAUUCAAUGUCGUCUUGGUAGGAAACUCUAGGAUUUUGCCUGUGCUUAUAGCUGUAUUCUGUUUAUAAUCCCCCAAAAACUCCCUACUCCUUGCAGAUGACAAGCAUGCCCAUAACAUGAGCAGCCACCACCAUGUAAAUAUGAGGAGUGGUACUCAGCGAUGUUGGAUAUGUCCCAAACAUAAACUCAGGAGAAAAAAAACGUCCUCUCACUGUCAACUGUGUUUAUUUCAGCGAACUUAACAUGUGUAAAUAUUUGUAUGAACAUAAGAUUCAACAACUGAGACGUAAACUGAAGAUGUGCCACAGACAUGUGACUAACAGAAAAUGAAUAAUGUGUCCCUGAACAAAGUGGCGGGUCAAAAUCAAAAGUAACAGUCAGUAUCUGGUGUGGACACCAACUGCAUUAAGUACUGCAGUGCAUCUCCUCAUGGACUGCACCAAAUUUGCCAGUUCUUGCUGUGAGAUGUUACACCACUCUUCCACCAAGGCACCUGCAAGUUCCUUGACAUUUCUGGGGGGAAUGGCCCUAGGCCUCACUCUCCAAUCCAACAGGUCCCAGAAGUGCUCAAUGGGAUUGAGAUCCGGGCUCUUCGCUGGCCAUGGCAGAACGCUGACAUUCAUGUCUUGCAGGAAAUCACGCACAGAACGAGCAGUGUGGCUGGUGGCAUUGUCAUGCUGGAGGGUCAAAUUAGGAUGAGCCUGCGGGAAGGGUACCACAUGAGGGAGGAGGAUUUCUUCCCUGUAACGCACAGCAUUGAGAUUGCCUGCAAUGACAACAAGCUCAUGCUGUGACACACCAUGACGGACCCUCCACCUCCAAAUCGAUCCCGCUCCAGAGUACAGGCCUCAGCGUAACGCUCAUUCCUUUGACGAUAAAUGCAAAUCCGACCAUCACCCGUGGUGAGACAAAAACGUGACUCGUCAGUGAAGAGCACAUUUUUUCCAGUCCUGUCUGGUCCAGUGACGGUGGGUUUGUGCCCAUCGGCAACAUUGUUGCCGGUGAUGUCUGGUGAGGACCUGCCUUACAACAGGCCUACAAGCCCUCAGUCCAUUCUCUCUCAGGCUAUUGCGGACAAUCUGAGCACUGAUGGAGGGAUUGUGUGUUCCUGGUGUAACUCGGGCAGUUGUUGUUGCCAUCCUGUAAUUGUCCCCCAGGUGUGAUGUUCAGAUGUACGAAUCCUGUGCAGGUGUUGUUAUACGUGGUCUGCCACUGCGAGGACGUUCAGCUGUCCGUCCUGUCUCCCUGUUGCGCUGGCUUUGGCGUCUCACAGUACGGACAUGGCAAUUUAUUGCCCUGGCAACAUCGCAGGCCUCAUGCCUCUUGCAGCAUGCCUAAGGCACGUUCACGCAGAUGAGCAGGGACCCUGGGCAUCUUUUUUUGGUGUUUAUCAGAGUCAGUAGAAAGGCCUCUUUAGUGUCCUGAGUUUUCAUAACUGUGACCUUAAUUGUCUACCGUCUGUAAGCUGUUAGUGUCUUAACGACCGUUCCACAGGUGCAUGUUCAUUAAUUGUUUAUGGUUAAUUGAAAAAGCAUGGGAAUCAGUGUGUGAACCCUUUACAAUGAAGAUCUGUGAAUUUAUUUGAAUUUUUACGAAUUAUCUUUGAAAGACAGGGUCCUGAAAAAGGGAUGUUUCUUUUUUUGCUGAGUUUAUAAUGCUUUCUAUUCAGGACAAAAAGUAUAUUUCUUUGUUCUAUUUUUUGCAGUAUUACUUAAGUAUUACUUGCAAACAGGGUGCAUGUUUUGGAAUAUUUUUAAUCUGUACAGGCUUCAUUCCUUUCAUUCUGUCAUUUAGGUUAGUAUUGUGGAGUAACUAAAAUGUUGUUGAUCCAUCCAUUAAACUCAGUAGCUGUUUUAAAGUCUUUGGCCUCAUGGUGAAAUCCCUGAGCAGCUUCCUUCCUCUCUGGCAACUGAGUUUGAAAGGAUGCCUGAAUCUUUGUAUUGAUACACCUUCCAAAGCCUAAUUAAUAACUUCACCAUGCUCAAAGGGAUAUUCAGCAUCUGCUUUUUUUAAUUAUUAUUAUUUUUACACCUACCAAUUGGUGCCCUUCUUUGCGAUGCAUUGGAAAACCUUGUUGGUCGUUGUGGUUGAAUCUGUGCUUGAAAUUCAUUACUCGAUUUGAGGGACCUUACAGGCAACUGUAUGUGUGGGGUAAAGAGAUGGAGUAGUUAUUCAAACAUCAUGUUAUUGAACAUGGAAUGAGUCCAUGCAACUUAUUAUGUGAUUUGUUAAGCAUAUUUUUACUCUUAAACUUAUUUAGGCUUGCAAUAACAAAGGGGUUGAAUAUUUAUUGACUCAAGACAUUUCAGCUUUUUUUAAAUUAAUAAUUUAAAUCUACAAAACAAAAUCCACUUUGACAUUAUGGGGUAGUGUGUGUAGAUUGACACUAUCAAUUGAAUCAAUAAAAAAUGUAGCCUAACACAACAAAAUGUGGCAUAGGUAAAGGAGUGUGAAUACUUUCUGAAUGCACUGUAUAUGACUCUGCAUUACACAAAAAUAGUCAUUUGACUAAGGUGUCUUCUGUAGUGGGUAGUUUUUGUUAAGAGCAGUGACGCUCGGCCUGAACAUUUUGACACGCAUCUCUUGCGGUAUGGUUUUGGAAGCAUAAGGACCUUAUCUUUCAUAUUGGCGAGAAAUAAUUUUUAAAAAACAGGUUAAAUUGAUACACACCUUUUUAUAGGGUUAGGGUUCCCCACACGGCCUUAUUUCCAUGUUACAGCGCUUGUUUACGAAAGACAGUCGACUACCUGUGCUAAUUAGCUGACAAAUGCAAAUGUUGAGGAAGGUGUAGACAAUAACCAAUCGACAAGAUUAAGAUCAAACCUGGGAAAAAGCAACGCAAUAAAACCAAGAUGACUAGAAGUCAUCGUGACCACAUCAAAACGGAUUGUGAAACACAGUCAGAUGAUGUUGACUCCAGUAGAGAAGAUUCAGACAUUGGCCAAGCCCACUCUCUCAGCAGUAAUGGGUUUACUUUCAACAUCAUCCAAAUCAAAGAGGAGGAAACAGACUUUGACGUGCAUGAAACAAGUGAGGAACAUAAUGGAAUCAGAUCAAAUUGUCACUUGGAUUCUAGAGCACUCCACCAGGAUUCUUUAACCAUCAAAACCAAGACUGAAACCGAUUCUGUUUACAUUGGCCAGGGAACGACAGAAAUUAAGACUGAGCAUGAUUCUGAAAUCAGAGUGGUUAAGACUGAAACUCUAGUGUUCUCCCCCCCACACAGCUGCCCCCACUGCAGUUGCAUGUUCCACACACCACAGCAGCUACUUGUCCACACCUGCCAGGUUGUGAAUUCUGACAACAUUGUGGAUUUUUUGUUGAAGACCCCGUUUCAUUCUUUGGAGUCCACAGAAAAGGUGCGAAUUAAAACAGAGGGUCGACCUCUGCCUGAAAUCAAGUACAUAAGGAAGGAUGACAAAGUGAGGAGGGCGUUCAAUACCAACUGGUAUAAAAAGUAUCAAUGGCUAACAGGUAGUCUUUCAUCAAGCCGCUUGUAUUGCUGGCCUUGUCUGCUCUUUGGAACGUUUGAGCCUUGGGCUAAAGGGGGGUUCAGUGACCUGAAGAACAUUGACCGUUCAGCUAAACGGCAUGACGAAAGCCGGGAGCAUCUCAACUCCUACGCGAAACUUAAGCUUUUGGGACAGCCGAGUCAUUGUGCCAAUCACUCACUCAAUGAAGGCCUGCGUAUUCAAGCUGCGCAACACAACGAAAAGGUCAGAAGGAACAGGGAUGUUCUCAAACGCCUCAUUGAUAGCAUUGCAUUCUUAGGCAUGCAAGAGUUGGCUUUUAGGGGGCACGAUGAGACGGAAAGUUCCGCUAACAAAGGCAACUUCAGGGAAUUGGCAGAGGUAAUUGCGCGGUAUGAUGCUUUACUUGCUCAGCAUAUGGAAUCUUCAACUGUGUUCACUGGAAUGUCAAGAACUAUUCAGAAUGACUUGAUAACUGCUAUCGCAUCAUCAAUUAGAAGUGAGAUUAAAAGCGAGGUUGACGCUGCUCCAUUUUUCUCAUGGCAAAUGGAUGAAACUACAGACCAUUCGCAGUUGUCUGUCAUUGUCAGGUAUGUGGAUGAUCGGGGGUGUGUCCAGGAGCGUUUCUUGGGCUACUUUGAUGUGUCAGCUGGGCGAGAUGCACAGUCUGUGUUUGAUCUAGUGAAUUCGGAGAUGUCAGAGUUUAACUUUGUGGAGAAACUAGUCGCUCAAACAUAUGAUGGCGCUGCUGUAAUGGCUUCUGAUUUAAAUGGUCUGCAAGCAAAAGUAAGAGCUGUAGCUCCGAGGGCCACCUUUGUGCAUUGCUAUGCACAUCCCCUCAACUCCGUAUUAAGCCAGAGCGUGAAGUCUAUGCCCAAGACCAAGGUUUUCUUUGCCACACUGGGUGGCUUCGCAACUUUCUUUUGUAAGUCCACCAAUAGAAUGCUGCUAGAAAAGGCCACUUGUGUAAGUUUGCCCAAAAACGCACCAACACAUUGGAAUUUCACAUCCAGAGUCGUUAACACAGUGGCAAAAAACUUUGAGCAUCUGUUGGCCACAUUCACAGGUAUCACAGAGCAUCCUAACAUGGAUGAUGACACAAUUUUCGAUGCAAAUGGGUUCAAGACUCAGCUGGAAGAUUUUCAUUUUAUUUUUUUACUUCUCACUUUUGAAUAUAUAUUUGCUUGCACAGAUGUGGUUUUUGACAGUGUGCAACAGAAUGCCAUGGAUGUAGAAUUUUGUAAGAGGAGGAUUGAGAAUCUUUUACUCAAGAUAGAGGAGCACAAAUCUGAAGAAUUUAGUGCUAUAUAUCAGAAGGCUUCGAACAUGACAGAUGAUCCAGAGUUGAUGCACAGAAGGAAGCGGAGGCAGGGCACUCAGGAUGUACUGCAGACGUACAAAUCACUGUACGAUUCAAUCCAUGACAACAUCAAGACACAAAUAGCACAGAGGUUCCAAAGCCUGGACAGCAGGAGAUACAUGGAGUUGUUAGAUGAUGAGAAAUUUGAGUCAUUCCGGAGUGAAUUCCCUGCAAAUGCAAUGGAAAGCCUGUCCCAGAGCUAUGGAUGUUUUUUCAACAUGGAAAAACUGAAAAAUGAGCUGCAAGUGUUCUACUGUGGUGAGGAGCUUCAAGGGAACAGUCGGAAACUGUGUGACAGAAUCUUGCAUUUCAAGGGGUGUGGAUUGAAUGAAGUGAUGCCUGAGGUGUACCGGCUCAUGUGCCUAGUUGCAACUAUAGGGGCAACGUCAGCGGGCGUGGAGAGCAGAUUCUCUCGUCUGAAGAGGCUGAAAAGCUACACAAGGAACACCAUGGGACAAGAGCGACUCAAGAACCUGGCAAUCCUAUCCAUAGAAAGGAGAAUUCUUAAAUCACUACAGAAGAAUCCUCACUGGUAUGAGAGGGUCAUUGACCAGUUUGCCAACCAGACUAUGAGAAGAAUGGACUUUAUAUUCAAGCCCAACUGUGUUUUGAAUUGGUUUGUUUCCAACAGUGAUUGAGGCCGGAUGGUGGAAACUCCCUGAACUACUGAGAGGGAGUAAAAGGUCCCAUGAUGCCAGUAAUGUAUUAAAAGCAGCUUGUAGCUCCUGUUUGUAAGCAUGUGCACAUGUCCACAUCCUCUCAUUCUUCCUCUGGAGACCUCAACCCUUCUCAUGCACUGCAGUCAGCGUUGACUAAAGCGGUCAGUGUCAUCGAAAGAUGUCAAACAAACUGACCGCUGCUGCUGCUACUAAAGAACAUUCAAACUUAAACUAUUUUGCUGAAUGCCUAUUUUCCUUUUCUAGUUUAUAUGCCUUUUGUACCCUGCACCCAAAGACUUAUUUGAACUGUUGAGUUGAGCAUGGUUCUUGAUUUUGUGUUGUAUUUUAUAGUUAUUAUGGAUCCCCAUUAGCUACUCUUCCUGGAGUCCAGCAAAAUUAAGGCAGUUAUAACAUUUUUGUAGUUGAUUAACAAGGGAAAAGUGAUGCACAGAUGAUGGUUGUAUAUGCCUGACUUACUUUUGUCAUCCCCUGGCAGUAACAAUGAUUGCUGUGAAUAAAGUAUGUGAAAAAGUA